AUGGGCCUCGCCGCUGGCAACCCAUCCACCCACCAAACCAUCACCAUUCCAAACUCUGACAGAAACUUUGCCGCCAUUGAAUUAGGCCUUGAUGAAGUCAGUCUCCAAAGCUUCCCAAAGCUCCUCUACUCCCAAUACAAGCUCCAAAAACACAGCUCAACUGCUUCUUGCUGCUCCAUCUGUUUGAUGGAUUAUAAAGAAACUGACGUGCUGCAGUUGCUGCCUGAUUGUGGCCAUCUCUUCCAUCUCAAGUGCAUCAACCCCUGGCUAAGGCUACAUCCCACUUGCCCAAUGUGUCGGAACUCGGCGGUUUCGAUUCCAAGCGCGGUUCGGCCUCCCAUUGAGUUGCCAGCUCCCUUGGCCACACAGCAAGAGUGA